AUGGAUAGCAAAUGGUUGUGGAAGAAGAAAUCUUCUGAGAAGAGCUCUGGAGAAACUGACAAUUCAGGUUUAGUAUCUUCACAUUCUGAGAGGUACUCUGAUGAACAGUUUGUGCAGGUUAUAGGGUCAAUAGCAAGGCGGACUGCAUCAACACAAGAAGAACAACAUAACAUUCCAAUCAAGGGGGACAUUACUUAUUUGUUGCAGGAUUGGAUUAGCCCCUUGCCAGAUGAAAUUUUAAUUGGAAUUCUUUCUCGCUUGAAUACCAGGGAAGCGUCAAGAACCAGUGCCAUCUCUAAGAGAUGGAGAAAUUUGUGGACACAUGUUACAUGUCUCAACUUUGAUGAAGAUGUAGUUCAAAACAAGAGAUUUGACCAGUUUGAAAUAUCAGCUAGGGCAAAAUGGGUGACUCAAGUCUUGCAGUUGCAUCAGGGUUCAACCCUAGACGUGUUCCGAAUGAAUCGUCAUUAUUCUACUUCUGUUCCAGCCACUAAAUGUAUCGAAUUUGCGGCCCGAAAGAGAGUUCAAAGGCUUGAGAUAGAAGGGGGUCAUAAUUCCUUGCUAAAGAAGCUACUUGAGAGCCCUUUCAAGUCCCUUAGGCACCUCUCUUUGAAGAACAUAGCAGUAAAUGAUGAACUUGUUGGGCACUUUCUUUCCCAUUGUGAAGUGCUCGAACACCUUUGUGUUUGUCGCAUUGAAAAUCUAUAUGCUGUGAAAGCAGUGGGUUCCUCCCUCCAGUUGAAGUUCCUGCAAGUAAGCAAUUGUCGCCAAUUAGUGAGAGUUGACAUUUUUGCCCCUAAUCUCGUGGAGUUUGUCUACGACAGCCGAAGUGUGUACAGAAGAGGAAUUGUGUUGAAACAUGCACCCUCGCUUGUCAAGGUAUCUCUUGCAGAAAAUGAUGAAAGUAUAACCAGAGCUUUUCUUUCAGUGUCGAGUUGUUUCUCUUGUCUACACACUCUCAGCCUGUGCAUGAAUUUCGAUAUGGAAAUUAAUAUGCCCCAAGAAUUUCCAGAAUUAACUUGUCUCAAAGACUUAUCAUUGGAGGUAUGUAAUGCAAAUUAUGGGCAAAGUCUGCUGAGUUUAACCCCCUUGUUAGAGCGGUCUCCUUCCCUACAUAGACUGACGUUGCAGAUGAGAUGGAAGAAUUAUUAUAAGAAGCAGAGUUGGAGAGAUAUGCAGAAGAUUAAUAGAUGUCCUCAUCACUGCCUGAAGGAGGUGAAAUUUUGUGGGUUCCUUGGCAUUGGGUCUAUUAUCGAUACUGAUUUUGCCAUGUACUUGAUUAAGAGUGCUGUGGUGCUUGAAAAGCUUAUCGUUGAGCUUGAAACUCGACGAGAAAUAUUGCCGGAGUUUAAAGCAACCGAUGAUAUAUUAGAAGCAACAAGAGAGCAUGUUUUGGAGCUUGGAACGCAAUUACCACCAAGAGCUGAGUUAAUUAUCAUUUAA